AUGAGCGUUCCGUUGGGGCAAGAAUCUGAAGGUGGACAUUUCAUGGGGCAUUUGGUUCUAAACUUCAGGUUCGUCGUGAACGAGGCCUUAGUCGUACAGACUGGUCGGUUUGCGCGCGCGCCGUACAAUGGCAGCGCCAUCUCGCGGCGCGCGUCUGUCACCAGAGCGCGACGAAAAAACCUCGCCGCCCGCUCUAUUGAUACGACAUUGACGGAUUCGGCCCGCCGCAGGGUUGCCAGUAUGAGCUUUUUGCGCGCAUCUAGGAACUUCGACUCGCGCCGCGCAAGCCCUACUGAAAUAUACAUGGCAGAGACGCCGCUU